AAGUAGAAACUCUUGUCUUCCUGUCCCAUCCCUCCGCAACAUUCUCCUCACCCUCGCUCGGAUACGGCUAUACCGACAGGAGCUGGUGCUGCGGAGGCCCCCACAGUCCGACUGGCUUCAACUAUCAAUCUUUCAGGACAUCAAUGGAUAACAGCAGAGCCGGUGAGGGGCCCAGGCCGGGCGGAAGACCCUCCACUCCCUCCUCUGGGACACCCAUGGUUGCCAAAGGACAAGCAGCACAGGGUGUUCAGAGGCCCAAAGUAAAGAUAACUCCCUUCCACAGCUCACCUAUAGUCAGCAGUGAUGGAGCUCUCCGCAGCAAGCGACUAGGAGCAGUUUCUGGGAAAAGGCUCACAUCUCCUGGCAACUUAUUUGUGGACAUACCUGGCCGGUUGACUGCUCCACCUAGAGGAAGACUGGCUGCUGCUGCUGCCCCUGCUCCCGCUGCUGCUGCUUCUGCUGCUGGGAGCUCAGAUGAGCCAACUCUGAGUUCAGGCUCUGUAUUGGCCACAACAGGAGAAAAAGCACAGAUAAGUCCUCACGUCCUCAAGCAUACGGGAAGGAAGGAAGCAAAGUCAAGCACAGAGCUUCAUCACAGCCAGAGGGGCAAAGAGAGAAGAGCUGUCUCCACCUCCAUUAAAUCCCAGACCGCUGUGAAGAAGAAGAAGAGGAAGAUGGGAAUGUAUAACCUGGUCCCUAAGAAGAAGGCCAAGGCCCUUAAACAGCAGGAAAAGGUGGAGGAGCCAGGACCCAGUGUGGAGAAGAACAGCGCUGCAGCAGAUAAGAAACCAGUGACUGUACUGGAGACACUGAAGGCCGAAAAUGCGACAGCUGUCAUGAAUAAAUUGUUGAUGGAGAUGGAUCCGGGAGAAGGCUGCCAUGUGGAAUACACUGAACUGGCUUUGGACUGUCUGGAUCUGAAAGCUCAGGAAGAACUUCUUUCACCUCCCCUGUCAGGGGAUGCUGAGGUGACAGAAACAGACCUGGCUGAAGAGUUACCACUGUGCUGCUGUCGUAUGGAGACUCCUCACAGCGGAGACAUCCUGUCCACACUGGAUCAGACCUGCAUGGCCACAGAGAGCAUGGAUGGAAUGCUGAUUCGUUGCCAGAAGCAAGUAAUGAGGCAGGAAAUGAUGCGACCCUCUAACACGGUCCAUCUGCUGGUUCUGUGUGAGGAGCACCGGGCUGGCAUGGUCAAGCACCACUGCUGCCCUGGCUGUGGACUCUUUUGCCGGACGGUGAGGGGCACCUUCAUGGAGUGCAGGCCGUAUGGGAGCAUUUCCCACCGCUUUCACCGCGACUGUGCCUCCAUCUUGAAGGAUCUCAGGUUUUGCCCCCACUGUGGAGAGGAUGCCAGCGGGGCAAAGGAGGUCACAGUGUCAAAGGUCGAUUCAUCUCCCUCUGUACCCAGAUCAAACCCUGGACCGUCACUUCCAGCUGUGCCCACUGUGACCACCCUGCCAUCAGUACCAACCACACCUGCUGUUCCACAGAUACUCAGAGCGAAGAAGACCAGUGAGCCACAGACGAGCAGAGAGGAGAGCCCCAACAGGUUAAAGCGUGAGGCUGUGCGUGCUGCAGACAGACUACCUAAAGAGUCACUGGAGAGCAUCCUGACUGCAUUGGAUGAUGAAAACCUGAAACCAAAGAGAGUGAAGUACCCUGCCAAUCAGCUGUACAUCUCUGCAAAACAAGGAGAGCUGCAGAAGGUCAUUCAUCUUCUAGUUGAUGGGAAGGACCCAAACUUUUUGAUGGAGGGCCAAAACAAAGGCACUCCUCUUCAUGCAGCAGCUGCUGAGGGUCACCAGGAGAUCUGCCACAUGCUGGUCCAGGCUGGAGCCAACUUGGACAUGUUUAAUGAGGAGCAGAGAACACCGCUGAUGUUGGCCUGUGAGAGCAACCAUCUGGAUACAGUGAAGUACCUGCUGAGAGCCGGAGCAGCCGUCAGCCUCAAGGAUAUCAUGGGCUUCACCUGUCUGCAUCUGGCAGCCAAAUUGGGACAUUAUGACAUUGUCCAUCAUCUGCUGUCCAAGGCAUCGAAAUACAUCAACUGCCAAGAUGACGGAGGAUGGACUCCUAUCACCUGGGCCAUCGAAUACAAGCACCAAGAGCUGGUCCACCUGCUUCUGGCCAGAGGGGCCGAUGUUAACAUCAGAGACAAGGAAGAGAAUGUCUGCUUACAUUGGGCGGCUCUUUCGGGCUGCGAUGAUGUCGCCCAGGCUUUGCUGGAGGCUCGAUGUGACCUCAGUGCUGUCAACGUUCAUGGUGACUCAGCGCUUCAUGUUGCUGCCAGAGAGAACCACCUGGAGUGUGUGAUGCUGUUUCUGUCUCGUGGAGCUGACAUCAAUCAAAAGAACAAGGAGGAAGAGACGCCUCUGGACUGCAGUGUCUACGGCUCCAAGGUGUGGACAGCCCUCAACACCAACAAGAAGCUGACUGACGCCAGAAGAGGCAGGGACUGUCAAGCAGAACGAGUGCUCAGCAGGGACAUCUCUCGGGGGUAUGAAGCAGUUCCUAUUACUUGUGUGAAUGGUGUGGACAGUGAGGCGAGCCCUGAAAACUUUAGAUACAUACCUGACAACUGUGUCACCUCCCCACUGAACAUAGACAAGGACAUCACUCAUUUACAGCACUGCAGUUGUACAGACGACUGCUCAUCUACUACCUGCAUGUGUGGUCAGCUCAGUCUGCGAUGUUGGUACGACAGUGAGGGUCGACUACCACUUGACUUCUGUCAGAAAGAGCCCCCAGUGCUGUUUGAGUGUCACCACGCCUGCUCCUGCUGGAGGACCUGCAGGAACCGAGUGGUCCAGAAUGGACUGAGAGCUCGGCUGCAGCUCUUCAGGACACAGAAGAUGGGCUGGGGAGUGAGGGCCAUGCAGGAUAUCCCUCAAGGGACAUUCAUUUGCGAGUAUGUUGGAGAGAUCAUCACUGAUGCAGAGGCCGAUAAAAGGGAGAACGACUCUUUCCUCUUUACCCUCGACAAUAAGGUGGGAGAUACACACUGUAUUGACGCGAGACUCUUUGGCAACAUCGGGCGCUUCAUCAACCAUCUGUGUGAGCCCAACCUGCUGGCUGUGAGGGUGUUCACCAUGCACCAGGAUCUACGCUUCCCCAGGAUAGCCUUCUUCUCCAACAGGCCCAUCAAAGCUGGAGAUCAGAUAGGGUUUGACUACGGCGAUCAUUACUGGAGGGUGAAGAGCAAGUACUUCAGCUGCCAGUGCGGGUCUCUCAAGUGUCGCCACUCAGCUGGUAGCAGAUAGAAACUCACUGAUGACCACUGAUCCCUGAUGAUAUUCUGUUCAUGUCAGAAACACUGUUUCUCUGAACCAGAUUCUACAUAAGAGUGAUGCUAUGAUCACAUAAACACCAAUGGGAUUUUCUGCUAUUCAGUUGUUUCACAGUUUGAAAGCCACAGAUGAAGGAUAAACAUCUGAAAAUCGGUCACCUCAGAGCACAGGAUCUAACCUAUUUUUACACCUAAUAAGGUUACGCCUUCAUAUGAGGAACACUGCGGCUUGCUUCCAGCAAAAAAUACUGUAUGUGAAGGUGGGUUUAACCAGCCAGUAAGCAGGUUAAAUCAUUUUAACAGAUGGUUUUAACAUCCAUGGACUCUUCCUUAAAGGCUACAUUUGCUAACUUUUAUGAAAAUAACUUUUUGUCAUAUUUGCUGAAACUCACUACAUCCACACAGUAGGAAUGCAAGAUAUGGAUUUUUUUUCAGAUGAUACUGAUAAUUAUCUGCUCCUCAUGGCCGCUACUGAUAAGAUAAACGAUAAUGUCACUUUUUUAUAUUUUAAAAAGAAGUUCAUAACCUGUAGUUUAUGCACACCUUAGGGUAAGAGAGGCUAAGAUGUAGGUAGCAAAGUGGAUGAUUUAAUAUUCCAUGGCUCUGACCUAAACAAAUUUGACAUCACUAUUGUUUACACAACAAAAACAAACAGUAUUGGCACUUCCAAUGUUCAUUUAUUUUGUUUUGUAAAGUACAUCAGAAGCUUGACAAACAUAAUUUGGCUUCUGUAGAGGGUUUUGCCAAAAAUUCAAAUGAAAUGCUCUGACAUAUUCUGUCACAUCAGACAUGUCAGUGUAUUAUACACAAGUAACUGAAGUGCAUCCCUCAAAACAAAGGCUUUGUGUAUCCUAUACAUUGAUUUAUUUGUGGUGGCCUGCAACAAUGUCAACACUGACCUGCUAAAAAAUGUUGGUUUUCUUUUUUUUUUUUUUUUUGAGUAUAUAAAAUGGGUAAACACUAAUUUUAUUGUAGAGCUGCACAUAGCAUCUUGAUUCACUCAACCACUCCUUGAUCCACUCUCUCCUUUAUGAUGAGACGGUAGUGUACCCUGACACAGUGGCAGGGCCAGCUGUUGGCAUAAUAUGGCUAAAGUUAGCUAACAUUUGAAUGGGUUUAAUGACAUCACACAGUGAAUGUUAGCUAAAGGUUGAUAAGGGGUUAAACAACAGAGUCGAGCCAUUCAGUGUCCGUGUGGUUUGUUGAGACCGUUAAACAGCUCGGUGUUUUAGCUCGAGCUAACACAGCAGAUGUUCAACUGAACGUGUGCCGGGAAGACAGCAGCUCAGGAAAUGGUCCUUCAGCACUGCAGCUAACUAGUGUCAUAGCAGCUACAAAAAGGGAUCAGACCCCUGGCACAAUCAUGUUGUCUUUCUCUAAAACUAUGAAAAAUGUCCACACUGGUGUUGGGCUCCCUAGUUAGCAUGCUGCACUUGCUCUUCGGCUUCUUCUUCAUUUUUGUUUGUUGGCAAUGUAGGUGCUGUGCCAGUGGAGUCAAUGAAACCAAUUUGGCUUUGUAACAUAAACUGUUUAUCAGCUAUAAUGGUAUUAUCUGAAUAAUUCAUAAUAAUAUAAAUUUCCCAUUAUCAGCUGAUAAUCUAUCGGCCUGACAUACAUCGUUCAUCCCCACCAAUCACUUUUACAUGUGACACAUAGUCUGUGGGGGAAAAAAAGAAAAAAAAAUGGAUCGGAUGGCAUUUGCUAGAAUCUACUGUGGCUGUUGGAAUGCAGCCAAUCAUGGCGGCCGGGUCACAAACUUUCUCAUUUUACAGCUAAACAGUACACUGAGGUGAUAAAUAGGCAAUGCAAUCACAGAGUCUUGAUUCAUAUUUGAUCGGCCCUGCCUAGUUUGACAGUUUGACCUCAGUUCACGAGCUGCGAUUGAUAUGAUGAACAGCUGCAUUAGAGACUCCUUGGCUCUGAUUGGUUGUUUUUGUUCUUGUGUAAUAGGUUUUUGCAAAUGUCAUUAGAGGGGGCAGUGGAACUUUUUUUUAAGAGAUUAUCUGUCUCAUUUAAUGCUGUGUGAAUAUAGUUAGAGUUUCAGCAAAUAUCGGGGGGUUUUUUUAUAUAAAAGUUCCCAACUGUAGCUUUCAUACUGCAAAAUGUAUUUGUGGAUUAAUAAAGUGAAGUAAUGUUUUGGUAGUCUGAUCCCUUCAAUGAACAUGCUUUUUACUACUUGUCUAAUAAGCAAUUAAACACAUUUUU